UUGCAGUCUUCAUCUCGCUCCACGUCCGAUCAUCCAACAGUGGAAGCACCUCACAGUCAUCUGGAAGCUGCACCACCAAAUGUUCCAGGUCCAGCAAAUGGACAAGUGCGCAAGUACCGCGGCUCACAUCGAUCUUACAAAAGUUUGCUGGUUUUUUUGAAGGGUCUUCGAGUACCGGUAUCGAAGGCUCGUUAUCGUACUAUUGAAUCGCUGCUUGACGACUUGAAUAGCAAUAUUUCAAUGCCAUUUGGCGUACGCCGUUUAACGACCCCACGUGGCAAAACAGCCAUUAAAAGUAUUGAUGAACUGCAACAUUUCGGGCGGUUAGUUAAUGUUUUUGUGCAAGUAAAAAUCUUAUUGUAA